GCAAUGCUAUGAUUAGAUCACAUGAUGUGUUGUUAUGUUUCACACCAUUUGUUACGUGAAGUGAUUCAACGAAACACUACUUUUGCUGAAUCUUACAAAUUAUAAGUUCAAAUUGGGUGACAAUGGGAUCAGUUCACUCCAAGAGUGUAUCCAAGAGUGCAUCGGCGUCUGUGGGCUCAUUUGGACGAGCUGGAUCAUUCUUGGAGUACGACAGAGUCAUACACCACUUGAGUCGCGGGGAUCUGAUAGAAGUCUUGAGGGGUCGGUACAGGCAUUGGGCGAUCUUCGAGUCGGUCGACCACUACGGGAAUGUCAUGUGUUUCCACAUCACGGCUGUUGAUAAUGGAUAUGCCGAUGACAUGGACACUGACCUCACGAGGACUGGUGUCCGCAAAGAGAUUUCAUUCAAUGGCAAAGCGCUGCUUAAAUACGAGCCGUUGGAGGAUAUCCUCAAAGACACGGAUAGUCCGCAGCCAUCGCUCUGUCGGAUCAAUAACCAGGAGAUCAUGGCUUCCAAGAUGUUGAAGACUAUUGGCAAUCAGUUGCCAGACUUGGAUCAAGUGUUUACAACUCUUCACCAAAUGAAAGACACCAUUUUCAGAUACUGUCUAAAAUCACUGAACUGCGAGCACUACUCCACGUUCUGGAAGUAUGGCAUCGGGUGGUCAUCACAGGUGAACACCUUUAAGGAUAUAAUCACCGCAGUCCUCAAGACUGUGUCCACUUUGAGCGAUACGACCGGCCGUUACUUACAGAACAACGGGUGCUAUAAAAUGGGUUUCGUUUGUCUCCUAAUAUCAGUCAUCUCUUCAAUGGCUGCUAAAGUGGUCGAAGAAAUUGAUUUGACGCUUAAGAACCUUAGACUCGAUUCAGCAAAAGUAGUGUUUCGUUGA